GUUUUGACCAUUCUUUGUUGAGAAAUUGAGUACUUUAUUUUAUAAAAGCAACUUCCGUGCCACUUCUUUUGUAUAGAUCCACAUUGUAAUCAUUCAGACUAUAUUAAUUUGUAUGAAUGCACCGUACUUGCAGCUUGGGGCUCGCUUGUCACAAUGUUGGUUGAACCCAUAUACAGUGAUAUGCUUAUACAUUUUGGUCAAAAUUAUUGUGUUCUCCGCUAAUUUCAAAAAGAACCUGAAUACGGUUCAGACGGAUUUAGUCAAGACGUGCCUCGUUAGUCAGCAGGCAACAAAUGAUCUCUUAAAAACUCCAGCAGUGAUAGCAAAAGGCGCCUCUCACUUGAUUGCUUCAGGAAUACAACAUAGCGUAAAAGCUAUGUACGAGGUCCUUAUUGAUGCCAUUAUUGCACUAGAAGGAUUGAUUAUUUUUUUCAUUAAAUUUAUUUAUGGAACAUAUUUAUGUCUUAUUCAAUUAACGGUUAAUGGUUCUCUCACGGCAAUAGCUGAUGUUGGAGAGAAAAUCGGAGACUAUGUGAACUCAACACUUAAGGUCAUUGCAAAUGGUAUUGCUAGCACCGUAAGCGUAUUCCAAAAAGUCAUUAACAAUGUUGACUCACGGCUUACUAUUAUUGCAAAGUGGAUUGGGGAAAAUGUGACUCUACCUAAUAUUACUAUUCCAGAACUUGAUAAGCUUCGAAACUUUAGCAUUCCCUCUUCAUUUGACUCCAGUCUUGAAAAAUUAAAGACUGGUAUCAAUUUUGACUCCGCAAUUAAUGCUACGGAAAAAGUAAUCCGUGAACCCCUUGACAAAUUAAAAGUCGUCCUUAAAGAGCAAGUCGGGAACUUUUCUUUCAAUGAGUCAAUACUUCCUAUUCCUGCGGUUACAACAGUUUAUUACUGCGAUGAUCUUACAACUAAUAAUGCCCACCAAGUUCUGGGAAUCGUAUUACGAGAUACAAUAAAGGUCGUAGUUGUGAUCCUUGUUGCACUCUGCAUAUGGUUCACAAUUCCUGCUUUCUUCCGUGAAUGGUGGACAUGGACACGCAUACGAAUCAAAGCAAGUGGUCUAUUACAGGAAUUCACCUUAAACGAGAAACUAGAUCCUAUUCGUCUUGUCACCUCAGUUUACACUCCUUUUUCUUCACUCAUUAGAUUUGUGUGCAGGAAGCUCUCACAUUCACCCCCUGUCCAAUAUUCAAUACAAUGGUUUUUCCUUUAUGUAACACAUCAACCGGCGUUACUUAUUUUAGGAAUUGGGCUCGCCGGCGUACUUGCCAGCUUGGUGCAGCUUUAUAUGCUCCGCAAAUUGCAAGCUGCCAUCCCGAAGCUGUCGACAGUUGCAAAUUAUACAAUGAUUGACACGGGGAAAAUACUAUCUAACGUUUCGAAUGUUUGGGCAAAUGAGACCAACCAAGUUUUGCUAAAUUCACAAAAUCAUUUAAACACCCUUCUGUUUUCAUAUGUGAACUCAACAACAUCAACCUUCAAUAACACCCUAAAUACUUUUAUGAAUGGACUUAAUGGAACCUUGUUUGAUUUUUUUAAUGGCACAUUACUUGAGUCUCCUCUUCAAAGUGUCAUGAAAUGCCUAGUUUACAACAAAAUUGAGAACAUAGAAAAAGCAAUUACUUGGAUCCACGAAAAGGCUCACAUUUCAUUUCCUACAGUUCCAAACAACCUAUUAAAUGAUACCAUUGCAAACGAGACAGCCACGAAUUCUAACAAUACUUCAAAUUUUACUAGGUUGUUAUCAACAGGCGUAAAUAACACUAUAAUUACAUUUCAACGCUCUGCAUCUCAGGAACUUCGCAUUUCUCUCUUUUUUGUAUAUUGCUGGUGUGCAAUUUGCUUUGCGGGUAUCCUUGCUAUUGUGUAUUCUGGUACACAAAUGGCGUACAGAAAUUACAAAGAGUCUCGAUCAUUACUAACGGUAAACACGGGCUCUUCGGAAAAGGACAACAAGUCCCGUUCCUCAUUUGAACCAUUAAUUCCUGUUCCCCCGCGCUCUCCUCCGCCUCGGCCUCCGAGAAGCCCAAUGUUAUCCGGUAUUCUUCGUAUGACAGGUUUUUCAGAGAGAAUAAAGGAUGCGCGCCUUCGUAAAAUGGAACUCAAAGAACAAAAAUUCCCCCUUCUAUCAACAUCAAAAGACCUUGCAACCGAGUUUCCUUUAUCCCCGCUUCCACUUAUACCCUCAACUCUCAUUGACAAUCCUGAUGAAGUACAAUACGCAUAUAAUGAUCACGAAGACCAAAUCCGAUCCCCCAAACGCGUCUCUAGCAAUGUUCAGCAUAUUAAAAGCAUGACAGGAACUAUUCAUCUAUAAGAAAUAAUCUGUGUAUUUAGUCGUUAAACUAGUAAAUAAUCCAAAAUUUAUCUAAAAUCAAGCGGAUCCACCACGUCCACCAG